CAUGUGUGUUAUAUUCUGCGAUGAGUUAAGGGAAAGGUAUCGAUUAAGACGUCUGGAGGUAUGCCCAUGAUAUUUCUAUGUUCGUUUUAUGUUUGACAGGGUUAAGAAAAACAGGACUUGGCAGAUUUGUAUGGACAGACGGAAAGCCUUUAUCCCAUACAGAAUGGUAUGCUGGGGACUCUGAUGGAGCACCCCAGCCGGACGGGUUUGAAAGAGAGGCAUGCACCAUGAUGGUCAUCUCCAGCAUCAGAUCCAUCGCCAACUGGCACGACGUGGCCUGUGCCUUCAACAAACUCUCUCAGUACAUCUGUGAAAAAACAAACAAACCAUCGGAUCCUUCAGUGCUAAUUGGAGGAGCUGCAGACAUCAUGAUGGACACCUAUGACGACAGUCAUACCCAAACUGGUUAUUACUUCCCUUGCACAAGCGGCGAGUACAUAUCUGGACUGUACACAUGUGACGGAAGUAUGGACUGCACUGAUGGUAGUGACGAGGAUAGCUGCACUUCAGACCCCUGUCCACUCGGCAUGUUCUCCUGCACUGGAGGAGGAUGUGUGGAUUUCGCUUUCUACUGUGACUACAAGGAACACUGCAAGGACGGAUCAGAUGAAACUCAGUGUGUGUCCCGUGAAUGUUCCUCUGACCAGUGGCGCUGCAGCAGUGGACAGUGUGUGUCAGCUGACCAGAGGUGUGACCUCCUGCAGGACUGUGUGGACGGAUCAGAUGAAGAGCAGUGUGAAGUAUGCCGUAAACCUUUCUUCCAAUGCUAUGACGGACGGUGCCUGCCCCCUGCCCGGGUGUGUGACGGUUUUGUGGACUGUGGGGGAAAGUACAGGGAGGAUGAGGGUUCACAAUGUACAACAAACAGUCAGCCGUCCUGCAGGGCGUGGUAUGCCCUAGGAGCUAGGAACAGUGGCAAAUACAGCAUUGUUAUGCAAGAAACGUCUGAAUCGUUUUCUGUGGAAUGUGCAUUCAACAAGACUGAGGGGAAGAUAACGACCAUCAUUCACCAUGACAUGGAAGACUCGACAGUGACUGCGAAUUCUGUAUUCAUAGAAGAUCUUCACUACACUCUCCCUGAGAAUGCCAUUGCUUAUGUCAUGUCCAUGUCUAAUACAUGCCGCCAGUCAGUGCACAUUGACUGUCUCCAAGCGUUUGAUUUGAUCGAAAGCUUCUCUGCUUGGUAUGAUGUGAACAAGAAGAAGAGGACUUUUGUGGCUGACACCGGAAGCAACUGUAGCUGCAUUCUCAAUGAUGUCUGUGUUGGUAACAUUACAAAGUGCGCCUGUGACAAAACCAGAAACGAUCUCUUUCUGGUUGACGACAACGUCUGGCUGACUGACAGCGGGUACCUUGAUGACAUGGACAGCUUGCCAAUAACAAAGAUAUGGAUGGGUGAUACCCUGCGGUUAAGUCGUGUGAGACAUACGGUCGGGCCUCUGAUAUGCGAAGAACGAUUGCAAUCAAACACGAGUUCCCUCAUGUGUACGAGCGGCGUAGUUGUUGCCACUUCUCACAGAUGCAUCUUGGAUUACGACAUCUAUCAGCACUACACAGGAUGUCGUGACCUCACACAUAUACAGGAUUGUGAGAAGCACGAGUGCCAAGUAAACUAUAUCAAGUGUCCCUCCAGCUACUGCAUCCCCAUCAGGUUGGUCUGUGAUGGACGCCCGGACUGUGCUGACGGGAUGGACGAAAGAGGAUGCAUAAAUUUCACCUGCCCUGGCAGAUACAGUUGUCGUGGUAACAGAGUGUGUAUCCCAUGGCAACAGGUGUGUGACACUGUGAAACAUUGUCCUGAAGGAGAUGAUGAAUAUUUCUGCAACCAGGUCUGCCCUGAUGAUUGUGUUUGUAAAGGAUCACAAAUCACAUGCAGAAUGUUUUACCUCGACACUAUUGCACAUCUACCUCGGUAUACUAGGGUACUCGACUUAAGUAAGACUUAUAAUAUAACAAUCAAGAAUAACACUUUCUAUCACAUGGAGAGUCUAGCGGUGCUCAAUCUGUCCAACCUCGGUGUGCAUGAACUGGAAGAGGAGUGUUUUAGUGGACUGGAGAAUUUACUACGUUUAGAUCUACGCAAGAACUUUUUGAAGAAAAUCUCAAAUGGUCUAUUCAGGAAUAUGAGAAAUCUGCAUACUUUGUUACUUACUGGCAAUGAUAUACUUCAGAUAUACCCCGGGUCGUUUGAUGGACUUUCAAACUUGCCAUCACUCGACAUGUCGAAUAUGGCCCUUUCUACGAUAGCUGAAAAUAUGUUUUAUGGGUUAUCCAGUCUUAUUUUCCUGAACCUUUCGCAUAAUAAACUCACCUUGAUAGAGGACAGGAGCUUUACUGGAGCCGGCAAAGUCCAAACUCUAGAUCUUACAAAUAACGACAUAACAGAAUUCACUGGAGACAUAUUUUCCGGCCUAGACAAGCUCAGUUAUCUUCACAAUGAUAAGUAUGUAUUCUGCUGCUUCAGACCACAGGGUGUUCCAGAAGAACAGUGUCUCCCCGCGGCUGACGAGUUCUCUUCCUGCUCAGACCUGAUGAGGAAUGAAGCACUCAGAAUCUCAAUGUGGGUUCUAGGUUUCACUGCUCUUGUUGGUAACCUUUUGGUCAUUUUGUCUCGAUGCAUCUAUGACAGACAGAGUUUGAAACGCAGCAAUGAUUUCUUUGUUGCUAAUCUCGCCUUGUCUGACUUUGUGAUGGGAAUAUACAUGAUCAUCAUAGCAAGUGCUGACACCAUCUACAGAGGCGUGUACAGCUGGAAUGACGAGGCGUGGAGAAGCAGCUGGGUUUGUCAGCUGGCAGGGUUUCUAGCAACCCUAUCAAGUGAAACAUCAGUGAUGUUCCUCUGUAUGAUCACGGCAGACAGAGUCCUUGUCAUCAAAUUUCCUUUUCGAGAUUUCAAUAUUUUCAAACGAUUUUCCAAGUACAUCAGUCUUUCAGUGUGGGUUCUGGGUUUCUUGAUGGCAGCGGUGCCUCUUUUGCCCAUCGACUACUUUUCCAGGUCGUUCUACUCAAGAUCAGGAGUGUGUCUCGCACUACCGCUCACCAGGAACAGACCUCCAGGAUGGGAGUAUUCCACCGCUAUCUUUGUCCUCUGGAACUUCAUUUGUUUUGUCUUCAUCGCUUUGGGUCAGGCUGUUAUCUACCAGGCAGUUAGGGCCAGUCAGAAGCUAAGGAAGGGGCAGACAACGAACGACAUGACCAUUGCUAGGAAGCUCUCCUUCAUAGUUCUGACGGACUUUGUGUGCUGGUUCCCCAUCUGUGUCAUGGGUCUAAUGGCUCUCCAGGGCCACAUUAUCAACUCUGGAGUGUACGCCUGGGUUGCAGUGUUUGUUCUCCCGAUCAACUCGGCUCUCAACCCCAUCAUCUAUACUUUGUCAUCAGUUGACACCAUGAGAAAACGGAAGUUGAAAAGAGAAAAAACGUUUUCAAGUACCACUCGAUCAACAGGCAGGACAAGGUCCUCUGUCCCUCAUAUUUUGCAAAAAGAACUCCUCUUCCUGAGCCAGCCCCCGAAUUCAGUCUGUCUGUCCUCUUACAUUGGGUCACUGACGUCAGCCCGAGAUAUGCUGACCAUUGCUCACCAGCUAGCCAGAUCGGUGGACCUUUUUCACUCCAAUGGUCUUGUCAAUGGCUUGGUAGAGACAGACAGUGUAUACGUUGUCCUUGAUAAGGGGAUUAUCAAAAGGGUGACUGCAGCAUGUGUUCCCAUGGCAACGGAAAUCGAAGACGAGUAUAGUAAGGAUAUCCUGGACUUUGGUCAUCUUGUAUCCAAGAUGUUGAAAGCUUAUACAGUCGCUAAGAAACAACGUCUCGCAAAUAUGGUCGACAACUGACAAUGGAAAGAGAUAUGGAUACGAUACCGCCUCCUCUUCGAAUGGACAUGAUGACGAAAACUACUGUGCGACGCAGUUAACAAUAAA